UCUCCUCCUGCUAUUGGGCUGCCCCCGAACAACCUUCGGCGUCCUCAUCAGUAGAUCUCGGAGCCAUGUCUGACAUGGAUUGGUUCUCGGUGCCCUUCCCAGGCCACCCAGCCACCGUCCUCUACAUCAACCUUUCGCAGAAUAUCAUUAGCUACUCGUAUCCCGAUGGAGCGGAGAGCAUCCACACCCCCGACGGUGCCGUCUGGUGGUGCUUCUCCGAGAACGAUCACGCGGUUUACGUCGACGCUGAGGGCACCCACAAGGUGUCGUACGCCCCCUUCGACGAGCACUGCUUCGUGGUCUACCUGGACUCGUACCGCGGCUCCGUCAAUGACUCCUCCGUGGACGAUCUGACCAGUCACCUGGCUCAGAUCCCCCUGGACUCCACUGUCCCGGAGAAUGACGACGAAUACUACGAGGAGUAUGACGAGUCGCAUGGCGACCAUUCCACGGACUUCCACAAUCCCAUGGGUGCACAUGCCGUGGGUGGCUUCGCUCCGCCGAUGGUCCCGCCUCCGGCGGCGUCUUGCUGGACGCAAGACACCGACGAGGAAGAUGCCAACUCCUGGAACGACGCCCCGGCCGACGACACGGCUUCUGCCACAGGUCUGGGCGGCUUUGGCGGCCCCCCGGACACCGCCGACACCUCCUCCAUCAGCAGCGGGUUUGCCCCGCCACCCGUGGCCUUCCUCUCGCCCGCCACCUCGGCCAAUCACAUCGGCGACGCGGUCCAUGCGGAGGCCGCGGCCCACGCCGACCAGGCACAGCAGCAUCCCCAGGCCGAAGAGCCGGCCGCCGGCUUCCCCUCCCCCCCGCGGCCGGCCGUCCCGCCAGCCCGCCCGCCGACCGACCUGCAGAGUGCCCCUCUGCUUCCGGGCUGGUCGCAGAUCCUCGACACCAGCAGCGGUCGCAACUACUACGUCAACUCGGCCACCGGUGAGACCACCUGGUCGCGGGCCAUCGCCACUGGCCGGACUGACUCGGCUGUGCCGAACCAGAAUGCCUCUACCAGCCGGCCGACGUCGGCCGCCCCGCGCCGGCCGCCCCCCCGCCCGGCUGGUGCCGAUGCCAACGCCGCUGCCAGCUCGGAUGCCCCUGCCACCUCCGGCGCCCCGAAGACCGUCGGCGUGGCCGAGAACCUGGCCUUCGACCCGUCGCAGUUCUCCGGCAGCCCCGCCCACAGCAGCCAGGUGGACGCGUUGCACGACCAGAUCCGGGACUUCCAGUUCGAUGGGUUUGCCCAGAAGAACUUCACGGUCCACAAGAAGGGCCUCUUCCGCCGGCGGGUACCACUGGAGAGCAUGCUUCGCUGGACCAAGGACAUGCUCCCGUCGCCCCUGCUGCAGGUCCCCAACAAGGGCAUGCAUAAGGAUGCCCUGAACUGCUGGCGGCAUCUGCAGCGGGCCAUGGGCGACCGGUCCGGUGGGCUGGUCAUUCCCAAGGCCCCGGGCGGUGGGUCUUCUCCAGGGCUCUCGGCCUCGGAUGCCCCGCAGGAGGAUGCCUCCCUGCGACUGCCCUAUGUGUCGGCCAUUGCCGCGGCCUUCCAGCCGCUGGUCGAUGUGGGUGUCAACCGCGGGGCCAUGCGCGAUGAGCUGUAUGUCCAGCUGUGCAAGCAGCUGAAUGGCAACCAGAACACCGUGUCCAUCAUGCUUGGCUGGGCCCUGAUGGCGGUGUAUGCCGUGUCCUUCCCUCCGUCGAAGGACUUCGACAACUACCUGCUUAGCUUCACGGCCGACCGGCUGAUCGGCGUGGCCCCGAUGACCAGCGAAGGGUACACCGGGCUUGGCCUGACCCCUCCCGGCCCGGCGGACUCCGGGACCAACAUCCCCCCGCCGAGCAUGUCCCCGGCCAGUGCCGAUCGCAUUGCCACGUACAUCCAAUUUUGCCAGCGCAAGCUUCGGCACAUUGCUGUGGUCGGGCCGCGCGGGAAAACGCCGACCCUUGGCGAGCUGGAGCGCGCCGUCGAGGCGCCCAUCCGGCCGUCGGUCUUCGGCGAGCCACUGGAGGAGGUCAUGCGCCUGCAGCAGCGUGCCUGCCCGGAGAUGAGCAUCCCCCGGAUCCUGCCCUUCCUGACGGACGCCAUUGUGCGCCUGGGUGGCGAGCGGACUGAGGGCAUUUUCCGUGUGCCCGGCGAUACGGAAAUGAUCAGCGAGCUGCGCCUGCGCAUUGACAACCAGAACUUCGUCCUGGAGGGCAUCACGGACCCUUGCGUGCCGGCCGGCCUGUUCAAGCUCUGGUUGCGCGAGCUGACCGAUCCGCUGAUUCCGCACGACCUGUAUGACGCUUGUGUCGGGGCGAGCUCCGACACCGCGGCCUGCCUGGCCCUUCUGGACAAGGUCCCGGAAAUGAGCCGCCGGGUGAUCGAGUAUGUCAUCCGCUUCCUGCAGCGCGUGGCCCGGCCGGAAAACCAGGUCCACACGAAGAUGGGCCCGGCCAACUUGGCCAUGGUCUUCGCGCCGAACUUCCUCCGCUGUCCCUCGUCCGAUCCGAUGGUCAUCCUGGAGUACACCAAGUAUGAGCAGACCUUCGUCAUGCAGCUUAUCGAGAACCUGCCCGCUGCGGCCCCGGCCCAGUGAUGGCGUGCAUGCGGACGGAAGGGGGGAGCAGUGGGUGCGGGCGCGCAUGCACGCGCUCGCGCUGUGUCAUGUGCACAGGCAGCGGCGGAGGAAUUGCGCGCGCAUAUGUGUGACCUGUGUGUUGUGCGGGGGCGCGAUCGUGCACGAGGAGGCCUAAAGGAAGAGCAGGGUCCAGACAAGCAUGUGUUGCCCCUUUGCUUUUCUCUUUCACGUGCUCUUUCCCUCCCUCUCUCUCUCUCU